AUGGCGACUAUGACGAGCUUGAUCGGGUUAAUCAAUAAGAUUCAACGGGCGUGUACAAUUUUAGGCGACCAUGGCGGCGAGGGAUUGUCCCUCUGGGAGGCUCUUCCCUCGGUGGCUGUGGUCGGAGGUCAGAGCUCAGGGAAAUCAUCUGUGUUGGAAAGUGUGGUCGGAAGGGAUUUUCUGCCUCGAGGGUCUGGCAUUGUCACAAGGAGGCCAUUAGUGCUUCAGCUUCAUAAGACCGAAGAAGGGCAGCAAGAAUAUGCCGAGUUUCUCCAUGCACCAAGAAAGAGAUUUACUGACUUUGCUGCUGUGAGGAAGGAAAUAUCAGAUGAAACAGAUCGUAUAACUGGGAAGACAAAGCAAAUAUCAAAUGUUCCAAUUCAUCUCAGCAUAUAUUCUCCAAAUGUUGUAAACUUAACCCUCAUAGAUCUUCCUGGAUUGACGAAGGUUGCAGUAGAGGGACAAUCAGAAACUAUAGUUGAAGACAUUGAAAAUAUGGUCCGUUCCUAUGUUGAGAAGCCAAACUGCAUCAUAUUGGCUAUUUCUCCAGCAAACCAAGAUAUUGCCACUUCAGAUGCCAUAAAACUUGCUAAAGAAGUUGAUCCUUCAGGGGAAAGAACAUUUGGAGUGUUGACUAAACUGGAUCUUAUGGAUAAAGGAACCAACGCCGCUGAUGUUCUUGAAGGAAGGCAAUACAGGCUGCAGCAUCCAUGGGUUGGAAUUGUCAACCGCUCACAAGCUGAUAUCAAUAAAAAUGUUGACAUGAUUGUUGCUCGUAAGAAGGAACGUGAAUAUUUCGAGACAAGCCCUGAAUAUGGACAUCUGGCUCAUAAAAUGGGCUCAGAAUAUCUUGCUAAACUCUUAUCCCAGCAUUUGGAGAUUGUUAUCAGGCAGAAGAUUCCCAGUAUCAUUGCCUUAAUAAACAAGACCAUUGAUGAACUUAAUGCAGAGUUGGACCGCAUUGGCAGGCCAAUCUCUGUAGAUUCCGGGGCCCAACUAUACACGAUUUUAGAAAUGUGUCGCGCAUUUGACAAAGUGUUCAGAGAGCACCUCGAAGGAGGGCGUCCUGGUGGGGAUCGGAUAAAUGGAGUUUUCGACCACCAACUGCCAGCUGCUUUGAAAAAGCUUCCAUUUGAUCGUCAUCUAACCUUAAAUAAUGUACAGAGAGUUGUCACAGAAGCUGAUGGAUAUCAGCCCCAUCUGAUUGCGCCAGAGCAAGGGUACAGAAGACUUAUUGAAGGAUCUAUCAGUUAUUUCAAAGGCCCCGCUGAAGCUUCUGUGGAUGCUGUUCACUUCAUUCUAAAGGAGCUCGUACGGAAGUCGAUUUCAGAAACUGAGGAAUUGAAAAGAUUUCCAACCCUUCAGUCUGACAUAGCUGCUUCUGCUAAUGAAUCAUUGGAAAGAUUUCGAGAUGAAAGCAGGAAGACAGUUCUACGGCUGGUUGAUAUGGAGGCUAGCUACAUAACAGUGGAGUUCUUCCGUAAGAUUAAUGAUGAACCAAAUCGAACUGGUCCAAAUGCCGAAAAAGAGAAGGAAAAGGAAAAAAGAAAGGACAAGUUCCUUGACAAUUUCUCGGACAAUCACCUCAGGAAGAUAGCAUCAAAUGUUAGCUCGUACAUCCAAAUGAUUCUUGAUACACUAAAAAAUUCGAUACCAAAGGCUGUGGUUUAUUGUCAAGUUAGAGAGGCCAGGAGAUCAUUGCUUAACCAGUUUUAUGUUCAAGUUGGGAAGAGAGAGAAGGAGCAAUUGAGUGCUAUGUUGGAUGAAGAUCCAGUGCUUAUGGAAAAGAGGGUGCAGAUUGCAAAAAGGCUUGAAUUGUACAAGCAAGCCAGAGAUGAUAUUGAUGCUGUGGCUUGGAAAUGAUAAAGAUCCCACACUACUUAAUAGUUGCAGAGAGUUCAGUUUUGCUUCGUCAAUCCUACAAGAAUCAUUUAUCAGUCAUGCCUUUCUUUUUCUAUGCUUAGAUCUUGUAAAUCCAAGUUGUUGGUUGGGCAAGACUUGAACAAGAUUCCCUUUUGUUAUCACGCUUGUUGCCAAAAUCAGAUAUUAACACGUAAAUCUCUUGCUACAUUACAAA